AUGCAUGCCAGAGUGUUUUGGAAAACAAGAAAAUGGAAUGAAAAAACAUCGACAUUUGAAUCGGAUAAUGUUUCCGUCCCACGCAGAAAAAAGCAAUUUAAGAAAGCCAAACUUUUGAAAUCUAGAAAACAGAGCGAAGAGCUUCAGGAAGCUAAACGAGAGAUCACAUUCCCCUGUUCCUUAUGCAAGCAGGAAAUUGUCACGACUGGCAUUUUCUUCCACAAGAAGCAACAUGCAGUUCUGGCUACAUUGGAUUUCCCAUGGAUGGGUGGUAGGAAACCCCCAUUUUCAGUCCUGGAUGCUCAGAGACAAUUUAUAAUUUCCCAACUAUUGUCAUCUUUUGAGUUCAAUGAAAAAAUCCUUCAGAACAUUAAUAAUGCUUUUGAACUACUUGAGAAAAGACAAAUCCCAUUAUACUAUAAGAUUAUUGAUUACAUUGAUGGGAGUUCCGUGUCUUCUCCACAUAUACCUCACCUAUUAAUUAAAGGUGUAGCCAUCUGCGGAGACAGAAAUGCUGCAUGGAAAGUAGACAUGAAUGAUAAAUUCACUGUCAUGAAUAAUUUUGGCAAUAAACCCAAUGUGUGUUUUUUUGGUUUGUUUGACGGACACCAUGGUGCCGCAGCAGCAGACUUGGCAUCAGCAGAGCUCCCGAUUUUACUUCUCCAUCAACUUUCCAAAUUUGAUCCUUCCUACCAAAUGACGACUGAACAGCAAGAAAUCAUCAAUUCCUUCCACACUGUGUUUAGAGAAGAAUACACGGCAAUAGAAGACCUCUUCUCCUCCAUAUACAAAAAGCCAAGAGCAUUGAAGUAUGAGUACGAGGACACACACAAAGCAUUUGCAAAAGCGUUUUGGAGAAUGGAUAGGCUUUUACGUCUUGGAAGGAAUGAAGUUUCCAGGGUCCGAUGGAGUGGCUGUUCUGCAGUUACUUGUAUAUUGGAAGGCAGCAUUAAAAAUCCUCAUGUUAAUAAGAAUUGGAAAGGAACCAAUAACUGGGAUGGAUUAUCAAAGAACAACCCUUCCCAGAUGAUGCCACAAAUAAUUUCAGGAGUAUUACACAUUGCAAAUGCUGGUAAUGUACAAGCAGUCUUAUGCAGAAAUGGGAAAGGUUUUUGCCUAACCAAAGAACAUACUACUCGAAACAUCAAAGAAAGAAGAAGAGUACUUCAGACUGGAGCAGUAAUCAGUUCAAAUGAACCGUAUGGGCUCCUAGAAGGGCAAAUAAAAACCACAAGAGGACUUGGAUUUCAUGGAAAUCUCAAACUGAAAAAAUCCAUUAUCCCAGCACCUCAAACUAUUUCUAUUCCUAUGGAUGACUUAUGUCAAUUCCUUAUCUUAGCUACUAAUGGACUCUGGGAAGUUUUGGAUAAAAAGGAAGUCACUGCAAUGGUAAUAACAAUGUUUCAUAUGUAUAAAGAAACAUACACCUCAAUCACACAGUUAGAAGCUCUACCAUCUACAGGGCCUCCACUUCUUCCAAACAGUGACAAAAGUAAUAAUGAAUUUGAAAGUGAUAUCCACAUAUUGUUUCAGUGUGAAUCUGAAUCUGAAGAAUAUGUGUCAACCACAAAUUCAAAAAACUCGUCUGACUAUAGUUUUGAUGACCCGAAAAAUGAAGAAUUAUCUUCACCAACAACAACUAGUCAUGAGAAUGAAAUUGAAAGUGUAGAUGAUGAGCAAACAAGUAUAAAAAAAUUAGGCACUAAAAAUUUCUAUGAAGGUGCAGCUGAGUAUAUUAGCCAUAAACUUGUAAAUGCUGCUUUAGAGGCUGGAUCCAGAGACAACAUUACAGUUAUGGUAAUAUUUCUCAGUGGAAGUGAAUAUCACUUGCUACCAUAAAAUAUAAAGUUCUAAUUAUCCAGAGAACCAAAAUAUAAUGCCACAAGGCAAUUCGUUUAUGAAGCAGAUGUUAGGAUGAUACAUCAAUACCAUGUAAAUAAUUUUAAGAAAGUAGUAAAUAUAAAAGUAGAUUUUAGGUUACAUAAUAUAAUUUACAUAUGUUCACCAUUUUAUGCCAAAAAAGAGAAAAACCAGUACUUGCUUUUUAUACCACUUUAUUCCAACCUGAGCACCUCAAUAUAAAACUAAACACUGGUGAACUGUUUUCCUUACUAAUUCUGAAUUACUGUAAAAUGUACAAGUUCUGCUAGCAGUUCAACACUUAAAUAGAUUAAAUCAUCUCUGACACAUGGUAGAUUUCAUAUAAUGAAAAGACCUAAAAUAAUUAGUGCAAUAUACUGAACUGAUCAAAAUAAAAUGGACUUUCAAAAACAAGGCUGCAAGAUUGUUACUAACAAUGCAAUAUUUAUGUUACAAAUUACAGGUACAUUGUUUAUUAUGGUUCUAGUUAUGAGGAACAACUGAAGCCCCUUCCUUUCAAAGGAGGAAGAAAUAAUUAGCGGUUUUAGUAACUGUACAUUUGGUAUACUUUAAGCAAUUCUUAAAUAUUACAGAAAAAUAAUAAACAUAUGGAGACAAUGCAGUACCCUAUUUACAGUACAGAUGGAAAUCAAAUUUAAAGUAAUCAAGUUUGAAUGUACAUAAUUGUUAGUGCACUGACUAUAUUUAUGUUCAAAGGGAACAAAAGCCCCUUCCCUAUCCCCAAACAAGACCUAUAUAAUGGCCAGCAGUGAUUAAAUAUAAAUCACAGACACCUGGUUUGUUUCAUUUUUGUUGAAGAGCUCACAUGAAGAGAACACUAUUUAUUAAAUUGCAUUUAUCUGUUUUUAUACUCUUAAAACAAGAUGGGGCUACAUUUGCUUUUUUA